AUAAAAUUUAUUUAGUUCUGACUUCUGUCCCGUUUUCGAGUGUUGUUCUGCCAAAGACCACGCAGCUGUUUUGUUUUUCUAGUACUCUUUUUUUUUAAGAUCUCUAUAAAUGACAAGUCGACUGUUUAAAGUACUAGUCACACAUCCGGAAGUACCUAAGCAAGUGCUUGACACUCUAAAACAAAAAUGUGAAGUAAUUGUUUGCAAAAAUGUUCCGCCUUUGAAAUCAGAAGUUUUGGAAAAGAUUCAAGGAGCCGAUGCAAUUCUUUGGGCACACUAUCAGCCUUUAAAUGGUGAAAUUCUUGAUGCAGCCGGAAGUCAACUGAAGGCAGUAUCAACAAUGUCAUCGGGCAUUGAUUAUGUUGACAUCGCCGAGUUCAAGAAACGCCAAAUGCCAUUGGGGCAUACGCCAAGGGCAGUAAACAAUUCAGUUGCUGACAUUGCUAUUGGACUAAUGAUAUCAGCCGGGAGAUUGUUUCAUGAAGGAAGACGCAUGAUAGAAACUUCACAAUGGGAAACCGAUCGACAUGAUUGGCUAAUGGGACAAGAGAUAAGUGAUUCUACUGUGGGUUUCUUUGGAUUUGGUGGAAUUGGUCAAGUUAUUGCCCGAAGACUUCUAUCAUUUGAUGUCAAGAAAAUCAUCUACAACACACGAACUAAAAAGCCAAAUGAAGCUGAUUUCAAUGCAAGUCAUGUGGCAUUCGAUCAAUUACUAAGUGAUAGUGAUUUUAUAAUUGUUGCAAGUCCUCUAACUCCUGAAACUAAGGGAAUUUUCAACGCAGAAGCUUUUGCUAAGAUGAAACCGAAUUGUGUUUUUGUAAAUGUUGCUCGAGGACAAAUUGUUGAUCAACAUGCACUUUAUAAUGCAUUGAAGAAGAGGCAAAUAUUUGCUGCAGGAUUGGAUGUUACAACACCAGAACCAUUGCCAAGUGAUGAUCCACUUUUGAGUGUACCAAAUUGCAUUAUUCUUCCUCAUGUUGGAACAUCGACAGCACAGACGACAAUCAAAAUGGGAAAUAUUGCUGUGCAGAAUAUAUUGAAUGCCCUUGAAGGGAAGCCCAUGGUUGCUCCAGCUUAUUAACUAUUGAAUUACAUAUUUUUAUCUAUGAAUGUUAUAUUUUUGUAUAGAAAUUGAAUUGUUUUGAUUUUUUAUAUUAAUAUUUUUAAAUAUUACAACAAGUUAUAUAUUUGAAUGAACAUGUGAUUUUUUAAAAUUAAAUUUGUUCAUAUAAUUUUGUAUGAAAUAAAAAAAGAUUUAAGUGCGAAUUUUGAA